AUGGAGGCAUCAACGGCAGCGGCAGCGCGAGAGGGCCUGCACCGGCUCUCCGAGUUCCAUCGCCGCCAGUAUGGAAGCCGAUGGUCAGACCUGCAGGCGGCGCUGGUGCGCCCCGUCUCCCACGUCGCCCGGCUCAACCGCGCUGGAAACAUCGACCGCUCCCGCUCCCGCCUCCUUGAUGCUUAUCCGGAUGCGGAGCGGGUCCACGAGCUGGGCGACAAUGUGGAAGCAUAUCGCCUCCCCGCUGACCCCGACGCGACCACCCCCGUGCCCAGGGAUUUUGCCCCACCCCCACGUUGCGAGGUUACGGGCCUUCUUGACUACUAUCUCAUGGACCCUAGCAGCAUUCUAGCUGCCCUUGCCCUCAAUGUUCAACCGGGAGACACGGUUUUGGAUCUCUGCGCUGCUCCUGGCGGUAAGGCUCUCAUUCUGGCAGAACAGCUGGACGGCCGAGGACACAUCCAGGCCAAUGAACGGGCAAGCGGCCGGCAAUCCCGCCUGCAGCGUGUCAUGAUCGACUAUUUGCCCGAACGCAUCCGUCACAAGGGUGUGCGCGUCACCGGCCUGGACGGCACUCGAGCCCGUGCUUUGGGCAAGGAACAAUAUUCAAAGAUCCUCGUUGAUGCCCCCUGCUCAAGUGAUCGACACGUUCUUAUGGAUCUUGAUGAGCUGGCCGUCUGGUCUCCCACGCGUAUUCGUGCCAAUAGCAAGCGCCAGAUUCAACUGUUAUGGGCGGCUGCACAGGCCCUGAAGCCCGGGGGUACGGUGGUCUAUUCCACGUGUGCUCUAUCUGAUAUGGAAAACGACGACGUUGUCCGCACAAUCAUCAAGCGCAGCGGCGGUACCCUCAGCGUCGAUAGCACGUGUCCAAGCUGGUUUGCCGAGCCCACCGAGUGUGGCUUUAUCGCUCUACCUGAUCGCUCUGGUUUUGGGCCCCUGUACUUUGCUCGUCUUGUCAAGUCUCCUGGCAACAGUUUCCGCUUUGAUUCGAGCGAUUCGAGCGACUCGGACGAUUCCGACCAAGCAGAGGCCAAGGAGGAUGUCGCUGACGACUAA